CCCGGCGCGGGUGUCCCGGCGAUGUGUGGCGCUGAAGCGGCAGCGGGUUCGGCCUCGGCUUCGCGGCGGUGCCGGCGGCGGAGGCGGAGGCGCAGGCUCCUCCUCAGGACCUGGCGAGCCAGGGCCUAAUAGGCGGCCCCGCGAGGCCCCUGCAGAGCGCCCCGGACCGGGGCCCUCCCCGCCUCGCCCUGCCCCGGGAGCCUGCCUCCCCGGCCGGGGAUGAGGCCGGGAGGCGGCGGCGCGGGGCCCAGCACAAAGGCUCUCCGGGGGCCGCCGCCGCCGCCAGCCUAAAGCCACCCGCCGAAGCCGAGCCGGCUCCGGGGCCCUCAUCCCCGCCGGUCCCCGGGGGCGGCCACUGCCCGUCUUCCCGAGGCCCAAGGGCCCGAGCGCCGAGCCCCUUGCUCCCUCGGCCGCGGUGGGACCGGGCAGCUGCGCAGCCUCCACCGCUCCCGGCCGUAGGGGCCUCUCGGAGCAUGUCGGAGGAGAGCGACAUGGAGAAAGCCAUCAAGGAAACCUCCAUUUUAGAGGAAUACAAUAUCAAUUGGACUCAGAAGCUGGGAGCUGGAAUUAGUGGUCCAGUUAGAGUCUGUGUGAAGAAAUCUACCCAAGAACGGUUUGCACUGAAAAUUCUUUUUGAUCGUCCAAAAGCUAGAAAUGAGGUACGUCUGCACAUGAUGUGUGCCACACACUCAAAUAUAGUUCAAAUUAUUGAAGUGUUUGCUAACAGUGUACAGUUUCCUCAUGAGUCCAGCCCCAGGGCUCGACUCUUAAUUGUAAUGGAGAUGAUGGAAGGGGGAGAGCUAUUUCACAGAAUCAGCCAGCACCGGCACUUUACAGAGAAGCAAGCCAGCCAAGUAACAAAGCAGAUAGCUUUGGCUCUACAGCACUGUCACUUGUUAAACAUCGCACAUAGAGACCUCAAGCCUGAAAAUCUGCUCUUCAAGGAUAACUCUUUGGAUGCCCCAGUGAAGUUGUGUGACUUUGGAUUUGCCAAAAUUGACCAAGGUGACUUGAUGACACCCCAGUUCACCCCUUACUAUGUAGCACCUCAGGUACUAGAGGCACAGAGGAGGCAUCAGAAGGAGAAAUCUGGCAUCAUACCUACCUCGCCAACACCCUACACCUAUAACAAGAGCUGUGACUUGUGGUCCCUAGGGGUGAUUAUCUACGUGAUGUUGUGUGGAUACCCUCCUUUUUACUCCAAACACCACAGUCGGACUAUCCCAAAGGAUAUGCGGAGAAAGAUCAUGACAGGCAGUUUUGAGUUCCCAGAGGAAGAGUGGAGCCAGAUCUCAGAGAUGGCCAAAGAUGUUGUGAGAAAGCUCUUGAAGGUCAAACCAGAGGAAAGACUCACCAUCGAGGGAGUGUUGGACCACCCCUGGCUCAACUCCACCGAGGCCCUGGAUAAUGUGCUACCCUCUGCUCAACUGAUGAUGGAUAAGGCGGUGGUUGCAGGAAUCCAGCAGGCUCACGCAGAACAGUUGGCCAACAUGCGAAUCCAGGAUCUGAAAGUCAGCCUCAAACCCCUGCACUCUGUGAACAACCCCAUUCUGAGGAAGAGGAAAUUACUUGGCACCAAGCCAAAGGACUGUGUUUAUAUCCAUGACCGUGAGAAUGGAGCCGAGGAUUCAAAUGUUGCCUUGGAAAAGCUCCGAGAUGUGAUUGCUCAGUGUAUUCUCCCCCAGGCUGGUAAAGGAGAGAAUGAAGAUGAAAAGCUGAAUGAAGUAAUGCAGGAGGCUUGGAAGUAUAACCGGGAAUGCAAACUCCUAAGAGAUACUCUGCAAAGCUUCAGCUGGAAUGGUCGUGGAUUCACAGAUAAAGUAGAUCGACUAAAACUGGCAGAAAUUGUGAAGCAAGUGAUAGAAGAGCAAACCAUGUCCCAUGAAUCUCAAUAAUGACAGCUUCGGAUGUUGUUUUUUAACAAUUUGAAAUAUUAUUCUUUAAUGUAUAAAGUAAUUUUUAUGUAAAUUAAUAAAUCAUAAUUUCAUUUCCACAUUGCUUAAAGAUACUGUAUAGAUUUAGAUACAGGAUUUACUAAUAGUAUAGUUCAUUUAUUUGUUUUUAAGAAAAGCUCAGUUCCUAGAGAUACACUAUGACUUUAGGACUAUUUAGUCAUAAGUUUGUAAGAUGACAGAUGGUAUUGUCAAGCAAGAUCUUUUUUUUUGUAGUAAUGUAUACAGAAACCAUUUGCCAGCAGUAGACAAAGGACCAACUAUACUGACCUUUCUGCUUAGUAAACAGUUGAAUCAAGUACUGUGGAAUCUGGUUUCAAUUGCCCUGUGUAUUUAUUUUCUUUACUAUCAGUAGAUUAGCUCUGGUGCCAAGAAAUUUUCGUGGAUCCAUGUUGCAGACUGCCUGCUGGAACUCACAGGAUGCCAACUCCCAUGAUGGAAGAGACAGGGAGCUGAGCCCUCAUUUCUCUUGUCCCUAAUUCCCUAGGGAAAAGUGAUAACAUUUCUUUUUUCGUCAUAUUUUUUACAGGGUAUUGGUGUGUUUCUUAACUCUAAUGGGAUUAUCUUUUGAGUUUAUUCUUUUCAUGUUUAACCAGAGCUUCAGAUUCCCCUCCCCUAAGGUCCUACUUUGUCUUCUCACCUUCCCCACAGCCCUCACCAGCUCCAUUGCUUCUUAUUUCCUUUCCCGUUCUUCUGGCCUCCUCCACGGGAUGAUUUUUCUGAGAAAGUUACAUAUCAUAAAAACUGGACCAUUGGAUUAGCAUCUAAAAUGGUCCAGUUUUUUUCUCUAAAAGCUGCUCUUUUUCUCUGUCAUGUUUCUGCCUGGGUUUCACGCUGGCAUUCCCUGGACUGCAUUUAUUUUGUUUAGUACCUUUUAUUUUCAGGAAGCAUGGUUCUGGCCCAGAGAUCAGCUGUUUCAAUGGAAAACAAAGCUGGAUGCUAUUCUAGUUUUCUGUUGUGCAUAUGGGCUUCCAUAACAAACCAUUUUUAUUUAUUUAUUUUUUGAGCAGUUUUUGGUGGGUACCUGUGUUGGCAAAUAGAGCUCUAAUAGGCAAACUCCAGUUCACAGAGCAGAGGAAGAAGGUCAGUAGGCUCAGUUAUUCAGUUUUAUUCCAUCACAUUCUCUUCAAUCAAAAUCAAUCCCACAGAGCUCACUUAUUUUCUAACUCCUCCACUUUGCUGAGUAUGUCUUCAGGGUGACAUUUGAUUAGUAUGCUCAUAUGUGUAUGACUGACUGUGGGAAUAUAUGAUAAAAACACAAAGUAUCUUCUAAGAAUUAGCUUAUUGCAUUGGUUCCCUUUCAUCUUGGAGAAUUUAUAAUUCAGGGUAUUUUUUGAGGUAAGGCUCACUAAUCCUAGCUGAUUGAUAACUGGUAAAAAUAGAUACCCUGUAAGCAGCGUUCAGUACUUUUAAAUGUAGCAAAAUCUAUGAGUUAGGCAGCAGAGAAAAAAUGUUUUCUUACUUACUGACCAAAAAACUUAGCUGAGAGUUGAAUUAAGGGUUGAAUUAAAUUAUUCUGUUUUUCAGGUCUUACAAAUCACUUCUUACAAUCAGGAAAAACUCUGCGCUUGUUUGUAGAACAACUGACACUCGUUUUUCUUAGGGCAGAGGUUUCAGUAUUUGCUGGGGAGAGGAAGGCAGUAAUUAACUUUGUUACUCUUCUUUUUCUUCAGAGGAACCUUCUAGCAUGCGCAGUCUACCAUUAACUUCUCAG